AUGCGCCAGUUGACCAAGGGACAUCAUCCGUUCGCUAUUUUCAGCAAGCCAAAAAGUCAUCAUGCAGAUGACUUUGUAUGUUUCACGCACUCAGCGCAUACAAUGAAGAGUCGCCUCGGUGUGAGGGUGAUUAUUGGCCGCAUUGCCGCAUGGCUACCCUCCUCCGUAAAGCAGACGCGCACGAUGCAUUGUCCGGAUAUGUCGCACGUGCAGUACUAUGCUUCCGCCAUGUUGGCAUGA